AUGGAGGGUCUUUUACCUUUGAUUUUCAGAGUAAUCAGAAAAACCAAAAGUCGCAGGAAAUACAAAUGUCUUUCAUCAGGUGCUGCUCUACGUCACAACGAGUUUCAAGGUUACCAUGAAGAUCCAGGUUAUUGUUCAAGGGUUGAUGAUGAUCAUUAUGCAGAGAAAAUCAUCGAUUUUCGAAGAUAUAAUUCUAUUUCAGAAUUCACUUCUUCGCCUAUGCAAAUGAACCGUUCUGGUGUUGACUCGAAUGAAUUUAUGAGUCAUCGUAAAGAAUUUGUUCCAUGCUCUAGAGGUGUAUCCUGA